AUGACAUCGAACGGUUCGUUCACCAAUGGUGCUGAUCCCCAAAGCCUCACCUUUCAAACCAAGCUUUUCAUCGGUAACAAGUACGUCCCUACCAAAUCCGGCCAGUUUUGGACGGUUCGAAACCCGACCGAUGACUCUGUUGUCACAGAAGAGGUCCACUGUGCCGGGGAAGAGGACGUUGAUGAUGCAGUGGCAGCAGCCAAACAUGCGUUCGAAGAGACUUGGGGUAAGAUGGCCAGCAGCGAGCGUCAAAAAAGAAUGCUCAAACUUGCCGAUCUACUCGAUAGAGAUUAUCUUACCCUUGUGAAGCUCGAAAGCAUUGCAAUGGGACAGCCACUUGCCUUUGGCGCUGUACUCGGGGGACGCCUGGGAUCCAUGGUCCGGUAUUAUGCCGGGUGGUGCGAUAAGCUUCCAGGAGAGCUACAGCCCGAGGAUGGUGAUGGUCGAUUCAAACUGGUACGCUACCAGCCUUUGGGUGUCUGCGCUGGUAUUGCUGCAUGGAAUGCCACCCUGGCUUUCUUCUGCAUGAAAACCAUGCCCGCUAUUGCAGCUGGAAACACAUACAUAUUCAAAUCUUCAGAAAAAUCACCUCUAGGGUCCCUGGCCCUCGGGGAAUUAGUCAAAGAAGCCGGUUUCCCUCCAGGGGUUAUCAAUAUCAUAUCAGGUCCUGGGUCGACAGGGGCGCUACUUGCUUCCCAUAUGGACAUCAAAAAGAUUAGCUACACAGGCUCCGUGAAUGCCGGACGCAAAGUCCAAGUCGCUGCAACAAAUAGUAACCUUAAACGCGUUACUCUCGAACUUGGAGGUAAAUCGCCGUCGAUCAUCUUUUCUGAUGCGGAUCUGGAAAACGCCCUUGAGAAUUCCUCUCAGAACUUUCUGCUUAACUCCGGUCAGAUCUGCGUUGCUGCGACAAGGCUUUUCAUCCAUGAAGAUAUCUCCGAAAGAUUUGCGAAAGAGCUGAAGGCUCGCUUCGAGAUGUUUAAAAAUACUAUGGGAGAACCUCUGGCAGAAAAGACAUUCCUUGGCCCACUGGCCGAUAAGGCGCAGACAGAGCGCGUCCAGGCUUUCUUCAAGCAAGGUAAUAAAGAUGGUGUUGAGUUCCUCACAGGUGGGAAAAUUAAUGGUAAUUUCGUCGAACCAACGAUAAUGAAGAACCCUCCACUUGACUCGUCUGUCUGGAAGGAAGAGAUAUUUGGUCCGGCUUUGGGAAUCAGAACCUUCAAAUCCGAAGAAGAGGCCAUUCGACUUGCAAACGACACCAGCUAUGGCUUAUCUGCCUGCGUCUACACAAGUGAUAUUGCGCGUGCACUGAGAGUUUCUGGACUACUCGAGGCUGGAACGGUGGCCAUCAACUCCAACUACAUGCCAGGAGCUACCGUCCCGUUUGGAGGGUGGAAAGAAAGCGGGAACGGGGGACGUGAGGGUGGAUUCGCGGCUAUAAAAAGCUAUCUGGAAGCCAAAACCAUCACCAUCAAUAUGGAUGUUGGACCCAGAUAG